AUGUUGCUCCCGCGACUGCGUCACCGCGUGCCCCAUUGGCCAUCGCUCUUAAGAUUACGAAGCUGUUCUUCUCGCACAAAUAACAAUGACACGCUUCGAUCCACUAACGUGCGUGUGCGAUACGCUCCGAGUCCCACCGGUUUCCUUCAUCUUGGUGGUCUCCGCACGGCGCUUUUCAAUUAUUUGUUUGCUAAGAGCUGCGGUGGACAAUUCAUUUUACGCAUUGAAGACACGGAUAAAACACGUCAAGUGGAGGGGUCUGUAGAGGCGCUGGUUGACAGUCUCAAAUGGUGUGGAGUCGAAGAAGACGAGGGUCCCAAUGUCGGAGGUCCGUACAGUCCGUACAUCCAGUCGCAGAGACUUCCGAUCUACCAGGAGGCAGCCAAGAAGCUGAUCGAGUCUGGCCAUGCCUAUCGCUGCUUUUGCACGAGUGAGCGUCUCCGAAAGCUGCGUGAGUCGCAGACCCGUCAUGGGGAAGCGACGAUGUACGACCGUGCUUGUCUUGGCCUGGACGAAAAGGAGGUGGAAGAACGAGUAGCAAGUGGCGAGCCAUAUACAAUUCGUCUGAAAAUCCCAGACGGCAAGACGGCUGUCAAGGAUAUGCUGCGUGGUUACGUGCAGUUCGACCAUGGUGGUAUUGAUGAUCAGGUUUUGAUGAAGAGUGAUGGAUAUCCGACAUAUCAUCUGGCGAACGUGGUGGAUGACCAUGCCAUGCGUAUUUCGCACGUUAUUCGUGGUGAGGAAUGGCUACCGUCGACACCGAAGCAUGUCAUCCUGUACAAGGCACUGGGGUAUGAAGCUCCGACUUGGGCGCAUUUAGGUCUUCUACUCAAUGAAGACCGCACUAAACUAUCCAAACGUCAGGGCGAUGUCGCCGUCGAGGAUUUUCGGGACAAGGGCUUCAUACCAAGUGGCCUGGUGAACUUUGUUGCUCUUCUAGGCUGGAAUCCUGCUGACGGGAACAAUCAAGAAAUAUUCGCGAUGAAAGAGCUGGAAAAACUUUUCUCGAUUGACCACGUAAACAAAGCAGGCUCAGUUGUAAAUGUGGAUCGUCUUCGUUGGAUCAAUUCUCGUCAUGUGCGGACGCUAUUUGCGGAAGAAGUUGCAUCGGACAAGCACAAAUUGGCUGUCGUAAAUGACGUCUUGCUGAUGAUUUCUUCUGAUCUUGAAGAAGUAGGCCUGCCAUCAACUCCAGCUGAUGUGGUCGAGAAAUUCGGUCUUGAUUACAUCUGGCGAGCGAUGUAUCUGAUGAAGGAACGCGUAAGUGUCCUUCCAGAGUUUGGCUUACUCUGUAUGCCGUUCUUUACGGAUCCUGACCUCAGCUCCUCGGUUGCACAAGACAUGAAAAUCAUGUACAUUGAUGAGAGCACGGCAGAUCUUGUAGCGGAUGUAUGUUUAAACCUGUGCAAUCUCUCGGACGAAGAAUUCACGCCGGAUCAUAUCACAAAAAGCAUCAAGGCUGUUGCAAAAAAUCGAAAACUUGGACUGAAAAAGGUGCUGAUGCCGGUCCGUUAUUAUCUAACCGGCAUGGAUGUUGGCGCUGGACUAGGUGAUACGAUUGAGCUGCUGGGUCUUGAAACAGUGCUUCGACGUCUGAAAUUUAGCGAGGUGACGUGCAUCACCUGA